AUGAUGGACCGCAGAAGUCAACUGAAAGCGUUUAAUAUGCCAAUCAACAGAGAGAAAACUUCACCAUUCCUCAAAGAAGUUGACCUCCUAGGUCACCACCACCUCAGCCAUAAUCGGAUACGUUCCACAGCCGAUCGCACCCAAGGAAUUAGGGACUUUCCUGUUCCAAAGACAGUAUGUGACGUAAGGCAAGAUGAAUAUACGACACUGGAGGAAGGGGAACUUACUACACUUCUUAACUUCCUUGAGUACAAUGAAGAUGAAGAGACAUUUGCCGAGUGGGAAGGCCUGCUGGACGGAGAUGUCUCGUGGGAAGCAAUGCCACCUUCAGCCCGCAUCUGGGCCUUAAUCAAACAUGGACAAACACGAGAUCUGGACCGUUUCCGCGCGAUGAGAAUCAGACUAGUCAAGCUAGCUAGGGAGCUCCGCAAACUGGAAGGGGACGAGGCAGAUUCCGAAGAAGUGCUUUGGACAACCGCACGACGUCAACUUAUUGAGAUAUUCCACUCCACCAAUGAGGAACAGUGGACGAUACCACCCCUCAAGAAGAGCGACAGCAUAUACCUCUGGAGCCUUAUAGUAUGGGGUCUAUAUCUGGACAAGAAAAUCACGUGGGCACACAUUGUGAAAGAUAUCGAAUCGACAGUGCCCCACUCGAAUUUAGCGGGAAAGGUUUUCGAUCCAACCAAACCGGAUUUACGUAGGUUUGUGGAUCUGUGUGCGGCAAUAGACAACAAGGAAAAGGCUACCAGGCGAUCUCAAGCUGAAGCAAAUAGGAAAACUGGAACCUCGAACCCCCGUUUGAACCUCGUCUGUACGUACUGCAAGAAGAAAGGGCAUAAGGAAGAAGAGUGCUUUACAAAGAAGAACAAAGAGUCGAAAGAGACUAAACCCAAAGCUAAGUUGACGUCUUUGGAACCGCAAAUGAGGACGAACAUACCUCUACCGGAAGAAGAUAAAGUCGAAAUAGAAGGACCGUGCAUCGCUGAGUUCACCCUAGGUUCAGGAAAACCAAUGAGUGGAACAUAUGUCACUGGAUCCCAACUUAACGUGAUUAAUUGGGAGAUGUAUGAGCAGUUAGUACAAGAGCAGGGACCGAUACAGUGCUAUAAACCAGAAAUAACAUCUCUGUAUAGCGUAAACGGAAAGGAAGUGAGAACCGAGAGCCUAAUUGUUCUGCCGAUGAGCGUAAAAGGAGUUGAAGUCGGAAGACAGCAAUUCUAUAUUAUCCGAAACAAGAGGCUGGAUCAACCCUUAAUAGGUCUACCUGCUAUCCGAGCAUACGAAAGCCGGAUAGAUGCACUCAAGACAAAAGUACAACUAGAUAAAUAUCCGAUACCGGAAUUCUUACCAUCACUGAUGCACUAA